AUGAGUCACUAUGACAGCUACUAUGGGGGCCUCGGCUACAGCUAUGAAGGCUUUGGUGGCCUGGACUAUGGCUAUGGCUAUGCAUGUGGCAGUUUCUGCAGAUUGGGCUAUGGCUCUGACCAAGGCUCCGCCUAUGGAGGCUAUGGAUAUGGCUCUGGUUAUGGAAGCUACAGAUAUGGCUGCUACUGUUCAUUAUGCUACGGAGGAUACAAAUUCUCUGGAUUCUACUGA